CCUCUAUAAGGGUCAUUAUAAUUGAAAGCAUUCAUAUACUUGUGUAUAUUUUGAAAAUUAUGCAAAACAAAGGACAAAUUAAGUAGUAGAAUAUGUCAAGAGCACUUUUCUUUUCGCACAUUUUGAAAUACUGUGGAAGCGUGUAAAGGGAAUUCCCAAAUAUAUCUAUAUAAAUCUUACGUAAAUUUAAAAACAGUAGUUUUUAGCUCUUGAAAGGGUCCCUGAUAACAUUGUUGUGUACAUCAGUUCGUGAAUGGAUUGAGAAAUUUACUUUACGCAAUGUCGAUUUGGAUCUACGCAGGAGCUAUUUUGUUCCUGCAAACAAUAUGCCAAAUCCAAGGUUUCGAUCUGGUUCGUCUCACUAACUUUGAGUCCGAGGAUGGAAGUUAUACUGUGGAAGCCCAUUACAACCAGAAAUGGCAUACAAUGUGUGGUCCACACUGGUAUCCGGCCAAUGCCCGAGUUGUUUGCAGACAACUGGGACAGCCAUCAACUCGGUGUGUAGCAGAAUUUCGAUCCAUCAAAGACCUUUCUGAGGAAUCCAAAUCAAUACAGCAUUUGAAUUAUCAUUGUCUUGGAAACGAAACAGCUCUACAUAAAUGUCCUUAUUAUUAUGACCGCAAUAUUCCUGAAGGAAGCUGUGGCCGUCAGCCUCGUUUUGCAGUCAUUUGUGGAUCAC